AUGUUGAGAUUGGUCCGCAACACCGUUACAAAAUUGUCAAAAUGCAACUAUUCUGCAGAAGCUAUACCAAAGCCGGUGGAAUCGCCCAAGGUGCUCUAUUCUGGGAUCUUUAUCAACAAUGAAUGGCACAAAUCGAAAACGGGAAGUACCUUUGGAACUAUAAAUCCUACCACCGGCAAAGUCAUCACCGAUAUUCAGCAAGGAACUAAGGAAGACAUUGCUUUAGCCGUCGAAGCAGCUCAUGAUGCUUUUAAAUUUGGUUCGGUAUGGAGACGAUUGGAUGCAUCGGAGAGGGGAAAUCUUUUAAAUAGAUUAGCAGAUCUUAUAGAAAGGGACGCAGCGUAUAUCGCAACUUUGGAAACCUUGGACAACGGGAAACCUUACCAUUAUGCCUACUCCCUUGACGUGCUUGGCAGCAUUAAAAUGCUUCGAUACAUGGCGGGUUGGUCAGAUAAGAAUCAUGGAAAAACCAUUCCGAUGGACGGCGAAUUCCUUUGUUAUACUCGCCACGAACCUGUUGGACUGUGCGGUCAGAUUAUCCCAUGGAAUUUCCCACUUCUGAUGAUGGUAACGAAAUUUGCACCUGCUCUAUCGACAGGCAAUACCGUAGUAUUAAAACCGGCAGAACAAACACCACUGACGGCUUUGUACGUAGCACAGCUUAUCAAAGAAGCUGGUUUUCCCCCGGGGGUGGUUAAUGUAGUGCCUGGUUUUGGAGAUGCCGGUGCAGCCUUAGUCGAAAAUACCAAGGUCGACAAAAUUGCCUUUACGGGAUCGACAGAAGUGGGAAAGAAGAUUCAGAAAGCCUCUGGCGAAUUCAACCUAAAACGCACCACGCUAGAGUUGGGAGGAAAAAGCCCCAACAUCAUUUUGGCCGAUGUUGAUAUUGAACAGGCCGUCGAAGCUGCACACUUCGCCGUCUUCUUCAACCAAGGUCAGGUUUGCUGCGCUGGUUCCAGGACAUUUGUUGAAGAUUCUAUCUAUGAUGAAUUUGUAGAAAGAUCUGUUGAACGUGCCAAAAAACGUAGAGUUGGAAAUCCAUUUGAUCCUCAAACCGAACAAGGACCACAAGUAGAUGAGGUGCAACUGAAAAAAAUACUUUCUCUAAUCGAGGACGGUGUUAAGGAUGGUGCGAAAUUACUUCAUGGAGGUGAAAGGCAUGGUGAAGAAGGAUACUUUGUUAAACCUACAGUUUUUGCUGAUGUGGAGGAUCACCACGUUAUCGCCAAGGAAGAGAUCUUUGGCCCUGUCCAACAAUUAAUGCGCUUCAAAGACUUAGACGAACUAAUCGAACGUGCCAACAAAACCAACUACGGCCUUGCCUCGGCCAUUUUCUCUAAGGACAUCGAUAAGAUUAAUUAUCUAGUGCAAGGUAUAAAGGCUGGUACCGUCUGGGUUAAUACUUAUAAUGUAUUAAGCGCACAAACACCAUUCGGGGGUUACAAAGAUUCGGGCCACGGCAGGGAAAUGGGACAGUACGGAAUUAGUCAAUAUACCGAAGUUAAAACUGUAAUUACGGCGAUUCCACAGAAAAAUUCAUAAACGCAACUUUCUCUGUGAUACUAAAGGCCUGUGAAAGUAUUUGUUAACGUACGGGUUCGUAAAUUUAGCUUUUUAAUGUAUGUCAAAAAAUAUAUUUUUUUAUAUGAAUGAAUGUUAUUUUGUUGCAAAUAAAACCUUUUUUUAAGUA